AUGCAGCUGCAGAACCUUAUUCUCGUCGGCUCCUUGGCCGCAGGAGCAGUAGCAGGAGACCUUCGGAGACAGGUUGCCACAAAUGGGACAGGCAAUGCUUGUGCACAGAUCAGCAGUAGGGCCUCUAGGACUUUAGCGGCUUCACCGUCGGCUACCCCGGUCGUGGAUGGUGAGCUUGCUCUGGCCUGCUUAAAGUCGGUUCCUCUCGGGAAGGCGGAGGCUCUCCAGUUGAUGGAGUCGAUUUUCCCUUAUGUGGAGUGGCAGUCCGAUACCUCGUAUAUUAAAAACCCACCCUCUGCUUAUCUCGAGCCAGCCGUGGAUAUCUGGGCUGAACUGAACAAAGUGUACGACAACAUCAAAUCUGACAAAUAUGCCGGUGAAUAUGAGUUCCAAGCGGAUCUCUUCAAGGCAUUCAACCUCGCCCAUGACGGACACUUCCGUUUCUUCCCCGACCUUCUGACCAAGGUGCUGACGUUCCAUCGCAACGUUGGUCUGGUUUCCGUCAGCUUAGACGGCAAGGAGACUCCCCAGAUCUAUGUGCACAGUAAGCUUGUUCCUACCAAGUCACCAAAGACCCCGUCGACAAUAGUGCUAACUUUAUUAGCCGAUAUCGUCGAAAGGGUAGAGAACGGACUCGAUCCAUCUCCAGUGAAAUCCAUCAAUGGGGAGGACGCGGUAAAAUACCUCGAGUAUUGGUCCCAGCUAGGAAGUCUGAACGAUCCCGACGCACUCUACAACUCCCUUUUCUUCUCGAAGCCCUUUGCAGCAAGCACCCCGGGCUUCGACGGUUACUUCUCAGGAAGUGCCCGCUACGGAUACAUCUAUCCUGGAAACACAACGGUAAUCGAGUUCGCCAACGGAACGAGCAGAUCCUACCGAACCACAGCACAGAUCAAAGCCGACCUCACCGGAGUGACCGACGGCCAAAGCCUGUACCAGAAGUUCUGCACAGGCCCAUCCAGCACGGAAUCCGCAGCGUCAACCACCUCAUCACCAGCAGCAACAGCAACCGCCACUCCAGCACCAGGAUACCCAGACCCCGAAGUUAUCAGCUCAGACAACGUCAUCUCCGGCUACUUCCUCGACUCAGACAAGAACUCCGAAGUCGCCGUCCUGAGCAUGUUGUCUUUCGAGCCCAGCACGCCCGCCGAGUUCCAAGCUGUGCUGGAGAAAUUCCUCCGCCACGCCAAAGCAGCAGGUAAGACCAAGCUCGUCAUCGACCUCUCCGGCAACGGAGGCGGCUACAUCCUCCAAGGCUACGACACCUUCCGGCAGCUAUUCCCCAGCAUCGUCCAGGACGGAUACACACGCUUCCGUUACACCGAAGCCCUCGCCGCCAUGGCCGAGCAGUUCAACGCCGUCCUCCCAGAGGACUUCAACCCCGACAGCGCGACGGACGACGAAAUCCAAAUGUUCGAAUCACCACCAAACUACCGCUACGACCUAAACCUGGAAAACAAGCACUUCACCUCCCUCGAAGAGAAGUUCGGCCCCCGUGAAUACAACGGCGACCAAUACACAAGCAUCAUCCGGUGGGACCUAGACGACCCGCUCACCACCGUCAACCAGACAUACGGCAUGGGCAUGGAGAUCACGGGGUAUGGCACGCGCCGGAACUUCACGCAGCCAUUUGCAGCCGAGGACAUCGUCAUGCUGUAUGACGGCUACUGCGCUUCGACUUGUACUCUCUUCUCCGAGUUCAUGCGUCUCCAGGGCGGCGUCAAGAGCAUUGCUAUCGGCGGUCGGCCGUCCUCGGACCCGAUGCAGGGAAUCGGCGGUAUCAAGGGAUCCAACAAUUUCGCCUUCUCCUACAUUUACUCUCUCGCGCAACUGGCCAUCGAUUCCGCUCAACCCGGUCAGGAACAUAAAGCUAACUGGACGGCGCUCACGGAACUAAGCGAGUUGCCCACCAACCGCUCGACGGAUACCUCCAUCAACGUGCGCGACAAUAUCCUCCCGGAGAACCUGGACGACGGGCUUCCAUCUCAGUUUGUCUACGAGAAGGCCGAUUGCCGUCUCUUCUAUGAGCCCGAGAUGAUCGUAGAUGUUACUGCGAUGUGGGAGGCUGCUGCCGAUGCUGCUUGGGGUAACAAGGAGUGUGUUAACGGACAUCUCGGGUUGAAGAAGCGGACGGCUACAAGAGCUCGUCGGAGUAGGAUUUUCCCACCGCGGAAGAUGACCGUCAAUGUGCCUGCUAAUCCGGUCGAGGAUCGCUCGCCUUGGUGGACACAGAAGCAUGGAACUAAGGUGCCUCUGUGA